GUGCUUUCCUGUAAACAGCUAAAACCGCAUAUUCCAUGAACCUCCCUUCUCCAGUCUUCGGUCUCCACCUUCAAAUUUCAAAACUUGGUUGUAAUCUCCAAUACCCAAUACCUCAAGCUAGUGUUUUCCAUCUCCAAUCUUUGUAUUUUUGAAUUUUUUUUUUGUAUUUUGAAUGUUUGUGCUUUCUGGGUAUUCACUUGAAUUUUGAACCUUUUUUUGAUCAAAUCUCCAGUACAUAUCUUCUCGGAUCGUCCCAAUAUCGUAAAAAAUUGAAUAUAGUUGCCCUGCAGAUUCUUUCUUAUCUCUUGAAAAUUUCCAGUGGGUAAGGUUUUUUUGGGGCAAAAAUGGGGGUGAUGAUGAGGUGGCCUUCAUGGCCAACUGUUUCAUCAAGAAAGUUUGAAGUGAAAUUGAUUAUUCAUAGGCUUGAAGGCCUAAGGAUGGGUGAUGUGAAUAAGAGAUUGGUGGUGGAGAUCAAGUGGAAAGGUCAGAAAAGUCUAGCUUUCAGGCCUUCUUUGAGGAGAAAUUUCACUGAGGAAGGAGGUUUUGGCUGUGAUAAUGUUGUGGAGUGGAAUGAGGAGUUCAGAAAUGUCUGCAACUUUUCUGGUUUCAAAGGAAGAUCUUUCUCUCAAUGGGAGGUGGUAUUUACAGUUCUCCAUAGUUUGAACCAAGGAGCCAGAUACAAAGACCUUAUUGUCGGAACAGCCUCACUGAAUCUUGCAGAAUUUGCUUUAACUGCUGCGGUUAAAGAGCUUGAUAUCAAAGUUCCUCUGACAGUUACCGGUAGCACAGUCGAGUCUAGUCCCUCACUGUGUUUGUCCCUCGUGUUAUUUGAAUCGAAGACUGCUCAAAGUCCCUCGCAGGUGAUGCAAAGAUCAAUAGUGCCUGUUCCACAGUCACCCUCUUUUCCAGAAGCUCUGUCAUUGGAUAAAGAACAGUCUUCUAUUGUAAAAGCUGGCUUGACAAAGGUGAAAAUCUCCAAACAUUUUGUGUCAGCGGAAAGAUCAAACAAGGCAUGGCCUGAAGAAGAGAGCAGUGAUGGUUGGACCUCCAGAAGAAGUCAGGAUCUUGGGUACAAUUAUCAGUCUGACGGGUAUUCACCAGGUGAUGAUUCGCAUUCGCAGGGUGUAUCAGAGGAGAGCAAGGAAGAUUCUUGCCUUCCACGGCCUGUCAACUAUGAAAUGUUGGCUUACUCAAAUCAGACUGGACAAUCAUUUUACUCCAGCAUCAAUUCAGAAGAAGAGUGUUGGAUAUACUAUAGCAACCGUGAAUUAAAGAUGCAGUCCUUGCAUGUUGACAAUCCAAAUGGAUCAGUCUUUGAUCAGGAUACACUACGGAGCUCCAUGCGCAGAAUUUUAGCUUGGAAGAAGAGGAAACUGAGCUUAAAAUCUCCUAAAGCGAAAGUGGAGCCACUUCUGAAAAAGCAUUAUGGUGAGGCAGGCGGAGACGAUAUUGAUUUUGAUCGCAGGCAACUUAGCUCAUCUGAUGAUUCUGGUUUGUGGAUGAGUAAAUCCGAGGAUGGUUCAACAACUAGUAGAUCAUCAGACUCUGAAUUUGGCGAUGACAAUUUUGCCAUCGGCAAGUGGGAAUACAAAGAAGUUACGAGUCGCGAUGGACUCAUGAAACUGGAAGCUCAGGUAUUCUUUGCUUCAAUUGAUCAAAGGAGUGUUCGUGCAGCCGGAGAGAGUGCAUGUACUGCCCUGGUUGCUGUUAUUGCUAAUUGGUUACAAUGUAAUCCAGAGGAAAUGCCAAUCAAGUCUGAGAUUGACAGCCUUAUCAGGGAAGGAUCAUCAGCGUGGAGAAAGCUAUGUGAUAAUGAUGAGUAUAGAGAACGAUUUCCUGACAAGCACUUUGACCUUGAAACAGUCCUCCAGGCUAAAAUAGGUGGUGCUCUCACUGUAGUCCACGAGAAGUCCUUCAUCGGUUUCUUUCAUCCCGAAGGCCUCGAAGGAGAGCAAUUUGCCUUUUUGGAUGGUGCAAUGGCCUUCGAUGGUAUUUGGGAGGAGAUUAGUCAAUAUGGAUCAGAUUGCCAUAGCAAAAAUGGCCCUUUGGUGUACAUUGUUAGCUGGAAUGACCAUUUUUUCAUCCUUAAGGUCGAUCAGGAUGCAUACUAUAUCAUCGACACUUUGGGCGAGAGGCUUUUUGAAGGAUGCAACCAUGCCUAUGUGCUUAAGUUUGACAAAGAUACAACUGUGCGACAGCUCCCAAAUGAAAAGACUGGGAAUGACAAUGAAAAUGCAGGCAGUGAGAAAAUGGAAGGGAGAGAGGUAGUCAAUGCAGAAGAGUCGAGUAAUGCAGGUGAGGAAGAGAUUGUGAUUAGCGGGAAAGAGUCAUGCAAGGAGUAUAUUAAAAGCUUCUUAGCUGCAAUUCCUAUAAGGGAACUGCAAGCCGAUAUCAAGAAGGGCUUGAUGGCAGCACCUCUUCAUCACAGGCUUCAGAUUGAGUUCCAUUACACCCAGUUAUCACCACCUGAUGCACAAGCAAUGGCAUCGUCUGCUGGAUAGAGUUAAAUCUCAGGGUUCUUAAGUUUGUUCAAUUGUAAAUAUUCUUAUCUUUAGUGUCUUAUGAGCAAAUGGGUCAAAAUUAACAUGACCAUUUAGGGUUGUUUGCUUGUUUAUAUAGUAAUGCUUUCACUCCUAUUUGUAAGAAAUUGUGGAAGCAUCUUAUGUGGUUCAUUCAAAUGUUCCAGAUACAUGAAUAACCCACUUUCUGGCAAAUAAGUUGUAAUUGAUGCACAGAUAGUUCUCUCUAUUGAUCCUUUAAUGAACUACUACUGAUUGUCCA